AUGCCCUAUGAGCCCCUUCCUUCACUCUUCCUAGGCACUCUUGAGGAGGAGGUGGAGGAGGAGGAAAUGGUCGCACCUCCUGCUAUGCCCUAUGUCCCUACCUCAGUCCCCACCCCACCUCCUCCUACAGUGUACCCUCUGGUGCCGCCGUCUGUGAUGAUCACCGACGGGCAGCACCUUGAGACCGAGCAGCUGCAGGACGAGAGCAGCAUGGAUGGAGUGCAGCAGAGUGGGGGGCAGGAGACAGGGGAGCAGCAGACAGGGGAGCAGCAGAUUGGGGAGCAGCAGAUAGGGGAGGAGCAGAUUGGGGAGCAGCAGACAGGGGAGCCACAGACAGGGGAGCAGGAGAUGUGGGGAAUUAGAGAUGGUGGUCGUGUGUUGGUUUCUGGGACGAUCACUGCACCGCAGCUGCGUCGCUCCACUCGCAUCACUCGUGGUGUCCCGCCAGUUAAGUAUGCUUGGGCAGUAGUGAUUGAGCCGGCGGGUUUGGAUGACGAGGAGGAGGACGAGGAGUGGACUGACCUGGACCCGGAC